AUGUUUAUCACGGGCUUUAUCCAUUACUUUACCCUUCCUACCAACCCAAUACCUCUCAUUUGUUCUCUGGCAUUGGAUAAGACUGGACUGACCACCACAGUGCUGGUUUGUGCGGGUUUUACAACUGGUGUGACUUACAAGACGGUAAGAACACCAUCUGGACCUGUCAGGGGCAUCGCCGUACAGAACAGAGACCAAUUCGUAUAUCAGUACCGAAAUAUUCCUUACGCUAAACCCCCUGUCGGGGAUCUAAGACUGAAAAAGCCAGUUCCAAUUGGUAGUUGGACAACUGUCCGUGAUGCCAGUUCGUUUGGACCGUCAUGCAUGCAAGACCCACAAUAUGUUCCCCAAAUACUUGAGAACAAGGAUAUGUCUGAAGACUGUCUUCAGUUGAAUGUUUAUACCCCAAACACUGCUUCCCCACAAAACAUGAAGAGCGUGAUGAUCUGGAUACACGGAGGUGGAUAUGUUCUUGGACAAGCGACCAUUUAUGACGCAUCGUCUCUUACAAAUGUAGGAGAUGUUAUUGUCGUUACUGUGAAUUACAGACUAGGUCUUCUAGGGUUUCUGAGUACAAUGGACGAUGCCUCACUAGGAAAUUAUGGUUUAUGGGACCAGCGACUUGCAAUUCAAUGGGUAAAGCAAAACAUUGCUGCAUUUGGUGGGAACCCAGACUCCAUUACACUCUUCGGAGAAUCAGCUGGCUCAAUGAGUGUAGCGUUACAAGCUCUUAACCCACAAAACCAAGGUCUGUUCCAACGAGUUAUAGGGGAAAGCGGACCUGCUAAUUCUCCUCUGGCAAUGAGUUUAGAGCCAAAGAAAGUUUCAAGAGGAUAUGGCAUUUUCCUGAAUUGCAUUAAUGAGAUUGAUGUCAAUGUUAAUUCAUUUGCACUUGUGCAAUGUUUGAGGGGGAAAUCGUCCGCAGAAAUCCUUCAGGCGCAAUCAAAUUUUGAUGACGACAAAUAUAGAGGUUAUAAAAUUUCCCUUCGAGAUGCCCCUGUAGUCGAUGGGGACUUUAUCACUGCUUUUCCAGAGGACACAAUGGCCAAUAUUUCCUCACCAGGCUCUCAGUUUUUUCGAUCUUUAGACGUUAUGUUUGGCAAUACAGAUUCAGAAGGUUCGCUUCUCCUAGAUAUCAGUAUGGAUACCUUAGAACAAAAUUAUAAUUUCAAUACUUCAGUUGGUAUACCAACUAGGAUUCUCUGUGAUGUUCUUUCGCCAUUAUUUGCGAAGGAACUUUUCAAUGGAAUGAAGCCUGUUGCUGACGCCAUUUGUCAAAUGUAUAUAAAUGAUAACGACAGACAGCAGAGCAGAAGCAUUAUUAAUAUGUACACAGAUGGAGUGAUGGUAGCACCUACAGUCAAAACGCUUAACUGUCAUUCAACCCCUGGAUUGACAAUGGGCAGGAAUACGUUUCAAUUUAUGUUUACCAAAGUACAAUAUUUUGAGGUAUCUCGACCUUCGUGGUUCAUAGGGUCAAGUCAUGGCUCUGAACUAAUGUAUUUGUUUUCCUAUGGUGAUGCUCACCCACAGGAUCCAUUGCUCUCUUUGACCAUGAUGACUUACUGGGCCAAUUUUGCGAAAAAUGGAUCCCCGAAUGGUCCUGGUCUUCCUCAUUGGCCGAGAUAUGAUGCAGUUGCUGGGCUGUAUCAGCACUUGGACAGCAAUAUAUCACCACAAUAUCAUGUAACGCUGGAUAGGAUUCAGUUUUGGAACCAGUACCUUCCGUCAUUGAUGAAGAAUACUCAGAGUGUCGUAGGAUAA